AUGGAAGGCAGCCGAGCCCCACUGGCCAGGUACCUCAUAGCCAACGAGCUGUGGUACACCGCGUCCUUCCUGCUGACCACGUGCCUGAGGUGCGGCGUGCCCGUGACCUUGGGGCCCUUUGCCCUUUCGGAAGAAAAUUUGAAGGCCGAGAACCUGAGGACGGACUUCUUCGUGAUGGGAAGCGAGAAUGCGGGGCUGGCAGUGGGAUAG